AAACGGCUGAAAAUUUCUGGACGAAAUUAGUUCAUCUAGUCGCCGUUCAGUGCGCUAGCAUCGGCUUGGGUUGUUGUUUCCUAUCCGCCAUUUUCCAGUCGCCAUUGAAAGGUGAAAACUUCACUAAAUGUCGGUGAUGAUUUUAAGAUUUUGAGUGGUUUCUUUAAGAUUGAAUCAGUUUUUAGUGUUGUGAAAUGAAAAUGAAGUGUCCCGGACUACCAUGACGCAUCAAAAUCACCAAACAAACGGUGCAAGUCUCGAGGAUUGCCACACAAACUUCUUCGCCUUGACGGAGCUGUAUGGCAUAAAAUGGCGUAAACUGGUGUGGGGAGAGUCGAGCGGCGGCGGUGGCGGGUGCGGCGAGGGCGAGGAGGGCGCGGCGCCGCUCGCCGACCCCGUCAUCGCCAGCUACGCGCGCUGCCUGGCCGGCGACAUCCUGUGCGUGUGGCGGCGCGUGCCGGCGCCCGCGCCGCUCGACCUGGACAUCGGCAUGUCCGCGCCGCCGCCGCUCUCCCUGCGCGCCUCCAAGGAGCUCUGGAUCUUCUGGUACGGCGAAGAGCCCGACCUCAACGGAUUGGUCGCGCCCGAACUCAUUGCGAGCCAAGGCGACCAAGGCUCCUGGGAAAGCGGGCUUUCAUACGAGUGCCGCUCGCUGCUGUUCAAGGCCUUGCACAACUUGAUUGAAAGAUGCCUGUUGUCGCGAGAUUUCGUAAGGCUGGGCAAGUGGUUCGUCCAACCGUACGAUGGCGACGAAGAGGAUGUUGGCAAAAGUCCUUGGCACCUGUCGUUCUCGUUUGCGUUCUUCCUGCACGGCGAGAGCACGGUGUGCGCAUCGGUGGACGUGCGCCAGCACCCGCCCGUGCGCACGCUCACGCCCAAGCGCCUCGCGCGCAUCAACGAGCCCAGCGCCGACCGGCAGGGGGAUAACAAAGUGAUCCUGGCGCCGUUCGGCUUGGAGGGUCGUGUGACGGGGCGCGAGUGGAGCGACAGCGACGCGCCCACCGCGCGCCUGCUGGACGCCUGGCGACAUCUCUACCCCCUAGAGCAGGGCUGUGGAGCCGUUGAGGUGGAGUGCGGCGGAGUUCGCAUGCGGUACCCCGUGCCGUACGUGCUGCUGACGGAGAUGGAAGCGCCGCGCACCGCACCGCCCGCCGCCGCGCAAGUAGCCGCGCGCACGCUCUCCGCGCUCUGCACGCCGCAGCCGCACCAGCCAGCAGAACUCUGUUACUCGGAGGCCACGGGCGACGUCAACGACGACUUCGCGGAUCCCACCAGGAAGACCCCAUGUACCUGCGCCAAGGGCGGCGGCUGCACGGGCGGCGGCGCGGGCGCGUGCUCGCCGGGCAGCUGCGGCGCCGCGUCCCCCGCGGGCGCUCCUUCGCCGCACCACUCGCACGCGGCGCUCGCUGCUCUCACCGCGCACCAGGUGGGCGGCGUGCCCACGACGCUGCACACGCCGGCGCCGACGCCCGACCCGCUGGCGCCGCCCACGCCCGCGCCGCCCUCCGCGCCGCCGCACAAGAACUAUGCGCAGGGCGAGUCCCCGGGCGGCGCAGGCGGCGCGACGGGCACGGGGUCGCCCGCGGGUGCGGGGGGCGGCGGGGCGGGUGCGGCGCCCCCCGCGCCGCCCGCGCCCGAGCUGCUGCGGCGGCCCGCGCUGCCCGCGCCCGAGAAGCGCCUCGACCCGCUCGAGGACGAGCACUCGCUGCACAUGCUGUACGACUACACCUCCGUGCACGCGUGGUUGGAGCACCCCGUGAAACGGUUCAAGAGUGCUGCGGGUGCGCUGCGCGAGGAACUGGCGCUGGGUGCGGGCGCGGGGGCAGACCUGUACGCGGGCCACGACCACACGCGCCUGCCCGCCACGCCCGCGCCGCUGCUGCACAUCAAGCAGGAGAAGCAGGACCACGAUGAUUCAAAAGAGUACAAGAAUCUAUACACGUCGGACGGCCUGUGCCCAACGCUCAAAGACCUGGACCAAAUAUUCGACAACUCGGACGACGCGGCCAGCGGGGACGAGACGGUAAGACUUUUGCAAGUGCAGACGCCUCCAGACUCGAACAAGUCGCUCGAAGAGACUCGUUGCAAUGCGAGCGGCGGGCGCUGCGUGCGCGCAGAGGAGCUCAGCAAAAUGUUCCCGACACCGCCUAGUAUGGAGGCGCACGCGCAGGCCUCCCCGGGGUUCUCACCGCCUGACGAUCAUACGCAUCUGUUGCACGCACAUCAACGCGCGCACGCCUCUCCCCCACCGGACCCUAUAGAGGACUGGUCGUAUGUGUUCAAGCCGCCCACGAUAUACAAGUACGUGGGCUCGUCCAAGUACGAGCCGUUGGCGACGCUGCCGAGCCAGAUGCUGCCGCCCGUGGCGCUGCCGCCGCACGCGCAGUACCGGCCCAGCUGGCAGCGCAAGCACGAGCCCGUCGCGCCGCACCGGACCGAGCCGCCCCCGACCGAUGGCAACAGCAAUAACACAACGAACAACACCACAAAUACAAACAACGGCGGAGUGAAACGCUCACUAUCAACGAGCAACGAACGGGUGAACGGGUCCGGGAUAGCGAGCGUGGAGUCCCGGCCGUCGCCUCGCAGGCCUGGCACUGCUCCCAUGGGCUCCGUGGCCUCGCCCGCGUCGCCUCGCGCGGCCACGCCCGCCUGCCCCGUGCUGCUGAACGUGCUGCUCGCCGACACCGUACUCAACGUGUUCAGAGACCACAACUUCGACAGUUGCACGCUCUGCGUGUGCAACGACAGCGGGACGAGGGUGGUGGGCAACAUCCGCGGCGCGGACGCGGCCACGUACCUGCCCGGCGGCGACUGGGGCGGCAGCGCGGACGACGAGCCCUCGCGCUGCUCGUGCGGCUUCAGCGCCAUCGUCAACCGCCGGCUUGCCCAUCGAGCCGGCUUGUUUUACGAGGACGAGAUGGAGAUCACGGGCAUCGCGGAGGAGCCGGGCGGGCGCGGCGGCGGCGGGCUGGCGGACGUGGCGGGGCUGGUGGUGGCGCAGUGCGCGGGCGCAGCGGGAGGCCGCGCCUCUGCCGUCGCGCGUGCCGCGCGCCGCUCCUCCGCCGCCGCCGGCCCGCCCGACCAUCUUCGCCUCAACCAGCUAGAGUACUCGGACGGCGGCGCGGCGGCCGAGCGCGCGCUGCGAGCGGCGGCGGGCGGCCUCAGCUCCUUCGGUGCCCCUCCCGUCACCACCGGCGCGGUGCACCGCUGGCCCUUCAUAGGCGCACGAGCGCCGAGGUCCUCCAGGGACGUUGUCAGAUUGAUGCGACGUCUCCGGCCCUUACUCCAAGACGCGAUACAAAAGCGUUGCUGCGGAGCGCGCAUGUGGGACGGCGUCACCGGGCCAUUAACCUGGCGACAAUUCCAUAGGCUGGCCGGCCGCGGCAACGAAGACCUUUGCGAACCCCAACCCGUACCGCCUCUACUCGUGGGCCACGACCGGGACUGGAUAUCACUCUCACCUUACGCCCUACGACACUGGGAGCGGUUAUCACUCGAACCGUACUCCUACGCUCGGGACGUCGCUUACGUUGUAUUGGCAUCGGAUGGUGACGCUCUAGCGGAUCCUAUCAAGACGUUCUUCCGGGAGUUGUCGACAUCUUACGAAGCGUGUCGACUGGGACGACAUCAACCUAUAGCGAGGAUAGCGCGGGACGGCAUUGUACGGACUGCGCCAAGCGAAAGUGAACGGGAGUCAAAUUCGGAAGAAUGGACGGGCGAGCUGCCGCCGGGCCGGCUGGGCGAGUACAUGCGCGCGUACGCGGACACGCUGCGCACGAGCCUCGUGCCGCAGCUCGCCUCGCUCAACGUCGACCGGACCUUGUUUGAAAGCAAUACGGGUGCAAUGCGACCGCCGGCGACGCUGGAGCGGCCCGGUACGCCGGGCGGCGGCGCGGGCUCCACCGGCGCGAGCGCGGCCGGCGAGCACGAGGCGGAGACCACGGCCGCGUGGGAGGAGGACGAGGCCGGCGCGCCCGCGCUUGUCAUCUACGUGGUGGAGCCGCCCGCCGCCACCGCGCACCGCCCGCGCGCCCUCGCCGCGCUGUUGAGACUAGCUGCUCAGGCGCACACCAUGCUGCACCACCACAACCCGCUCAUCAAGAUAGUAUCAUUAGAGGGUGUUUGCGAGACGUGGAGCGCGCGAGGCGGCUGCGGGUCGGAAGUGCGCGCGCUGGCGUUCAGCGUGUUCACGGGCGCGCGGCGGCUGCUGUCCCACUCCCCCACCGGCAAGUCGCUCACGGGCUUCGGCACCGCCGCCAACGCCAACCUGUUCCUCAGUUCCAAAGACGAGAAAAACCGAGCACCAUACAAGUUGUUCUCCCCGGCGUGGGUGCUAGCACCACCUCGCGCGCUCAAGGAAGUGGCCGAGACGUGGGGGACGACGUGCGGCGACCAGAGCGCCGUGCUGUUCCUGGCGUAUUGUCUGUCGCACGACCAACGCUGGCUGCUGGCCGCCGCUACCGAUGCGCGCGGCGAGCUGCUGGACACCGCCGCCAUCAACAUACACGUACCUGCCAGAUCACGACGGAAGCGAGGCGGUCCAGCGCGGAGGUUAGGUUUAACGAAACUGAUGGACUUCGCUCUGGGCAUCAUGUCACAAUCUGUUCAACCUUGGAGACUGGUGGUCGGUCGCGUGGGAAGGAUAGGCCAUGGGGAACUAAAAGGUUGGAGUUGGCUGCUAUCGCGGCCGAACCUGAACCGAGCAUCGAACAUGCUCCGCGAAAUGUGCGGCAGUUGCUCGCUGCUGUACCGCAGCGGGGCCCCCUGCAUCCUGUCCGCGUGCCUCGUGUCCACCGAGCCGGACUCGUGCCUGCGCCUCAUGGCCGACCGGUUCACGCCGGACGAGCGCUUCUCGCAGGCCUCCAUACAGUCCCACCUGCACACGCCGAGAGAUGUCACCGCCACGCAUAUACUCGUCUUCCCCACUUCUGCUACCACACAGUCAAACCAAAUGCCAUUCGAGCCUCCCAACGCCAACGGGGAAGAGAACGAUAUCCUCAUGGGGCUGGAGAUGCCCGACGAGGAGAUGGGGGAGGAGAACAUGACUGACCUGUUAGAUGAGAUGUUCAUGUGGCCCACGCGCAGCCCGCACGCCUCGCCGCGCAGGCACGACGACGACGCGAGCCGGGAGGGGAGCCCUGCGAGGCACGCGCAUCUCGCGGGGGCCUACUCGCGCGACGACGACCAUCAGCCGGAGAAUGUGGGCACAGUCCUCCAGCAACCGUUGGCCCUCGGCUACCUGGUGUCCACGGCGCCGCUGGGGGCCAUGCCGAGCUGGUGGUGGGCGAGCUGCCGGCACCUGCGUGACGCGUGCCCCGCCUUCCUCAAGAACGCACUGCACCUGCAGUGCGCGGCGCAGGACGACUACACCACCUCGCUGUCGCAGCGGCGAGACCACAACGCGCACCCGCUGGACUCCACCACUACCACCGACGUGCUCAGAUACGUGUUGGAAGGUUACAACGCCCUCUCCUGGCUCGCCCUGGACGGCACGACACACGACCGACUGUCGUGUCUGCCGCUGCACGUGCAAGUCUUAAUGCAGCUCUACCACACGGCGGCCGCGCUCGGCUAGAGGCACAUCGCUGGAAUGUCACAGGCGACCGACAAAAGUUGGGACAACCUACACCAUAAAUUUCAGUCGAUCUGAAUAAACCACAUUAACAAUAGUUGGACCAAAUAUGAAGUCAUCUGGACCUGUUCCCGCCAAUCUACAACGAACAUAGACCAUAUUCCUACAUAGACUGGUUUGAGAAAUAUUUGGCUGAUAAAUAUAGAACCACCAACACCUGUACAAUGAAUAUAUUCCAACUCAGGUUGGAUGGGACGCCUAUACAAUGAACAUAUUCCAACUCAGGUUGGAUGGGAGGACACGUCUAAAUGAGGUUCCUUUUUAUUCAGAACUACCCUAUGAAAUUCAUCAGAAGACACCAGUAGUUUAUAUCGGUGGGUCGUCUGUGUUACCCUACAUUGUUCAAAGUGAAAGUGCAGGGGUGGCUACAAGAAAUAUCCAAACAAGUCUGUUUAGAUACUUGCAUUUGUUAAAGUUUUUAUAUUGUGAAGUUUGGUAGAGGCGCAGUGUAGUGACAUAGUGACAUAGUGACGUAUGGACAUUGUGUGUAGCAAGCAGAGUCGGGGAGCAUCAUCAGUGUUGGUUACCAUUAUUGUAAUUUAAAUUAUUUAUUGGGAGUUAUUGAGAAGGAUAUCCAAGUCUGCACAGUACAUGGCAGUAAAUAUUAUACACUGAGCUUUAGAAAGAGAUAGGCAGCUAUAGUUUCUUAGUAUAAUCAGUCUCUGUCACUUACCUAUUUGAAAUUUUUUCUUGAAAUCGUCAGUCAGACAGAGACAAACUCUAUAAAGCUGUCUCUCUCUAAAGUUCUAGGUUUCUAAAGUUUGAUAGUAUAAUAUUUACUGCUAGGUAACGUAGGUAACUACAAUCACAACUAUUGUCAUAAAUUCUUUAACUUACUAUUCUUAUAAAUCUUUUAGAUUAUUUAUUUAUUUCUUACUCUUAUUUAUUUUCAAUUCUUUUUAUGUAUUAUAUAUUCAUAAUACAGACUUGCGAAAUGAAAUGACAUUGUUAAAAACAGCUAAAUUAGCUUCACAAAAUGAGUUACUCAGUACGCUAGACAUUUACGGUUACUUUAGUAAUCGGCAGUUAUAAUUUUCUGGACAAUUUGAGACAUUUUGACAACAUGAGAUUUUCUUCUUUACUAGAAAGUUAUGUGUAGUGUAUGUUAAACUUUAUUUAACAUGGAUUCUUAUUUAUUUUCUUUCGUGAUAUACAUAUUAUAUAAAAAAUACACUACAUAUAAACUUGUACUCAAAAGAAUAGAAUUAGAAGGCAGUACUUAGGUAAAUUAAUUAAAUGGUAUGGCGUGUACAUACAUGAUGGCUUGAUUAGAGGAAGUUGUUGUUGUCAAAGUAUGGCGUCAACCCUUACGAGGGUUGUUGAGCUGGUUAUUGAAUAGUUAUAGUCAAUCAGUGGAUAGUGAGUGGUGACUCGAUUGUUAGGCCAAGUUUACACUAGCAAUAUAAACUGCAGAGGCUACUGCAAGUCACACUGUGUACACUUACAGCCAGUUGAAAGUUGCUAGAACUUGCCAAAAUUUAUAUGACAGUGGCAGCUGACUUUUGCAAGGUUUAUUGCUAGUGGACAUUUGGCUUUAGGUGUAAUUACAUAUUCGCUUAACAGGAAGCGGGACUAAGACAGUGAACAUUGAUAGAAUUCGGGAGUCAAAACAGUAAUGUUUUAAAUAAAAUUGAAAUUAAAGGUGAUACUGAAUUUUCGACUUUAAGCCAUAAAGUUUUAAGUCCAUAUUACUCUGACGUAAUUUGAAGCUCGAAUUCUAGCAACAAGGGUGAGAUAAAUCUCAUACUAAGGGUUAGUAUGAGAUUUUACAUCUCACCCUGUUCACAGGUUCACAAUUGUCUUGUACUUGCAUAGUUAUCAUGAACUAGCAAGAUAAUAUGCGAGCGUGAAUAUGUAAAUGCACAGUUAGACCUCUUUGUUAUAAGUAUUCAGAGUUCUUCGUAAACUCCUAUCUCUAAUAGACAGCAAAUCUCUGUAAAAAAAAAAAAAAAAAACAAUUCAUACAAUUUGACCUGUACAAGUUAUCGGUAAUGCGUCAAAGUUGUGGCCAGUGGCCUUGCAUUGCUCUCACAUCUUUCCUUUCUAAAAGAAAUACCUAUUUUUCAUAACUGACUUAAAAGAUAAACAAGUAACUUCUUGUUGAAAUAAUAGGCGCACUACACGCGGCGCAUGGGAUCUUGUUACUACAUACUGACAAUGAAAUGAUACAAGUGAAUAACCUAAUUCUAGGCCUAAAGCUUCGGCCAUAUCGUGUCGCUUACGCGUUUCUCGGAGAAGGUAUCUGCAAUUUGUUUGUCUUUUAAGUCAGCUAAGUUAAACUAAAGUAUAGUAACUUUGGUUCAAUAUUAAUUCGGAGCUAUUCAUGCAAUACCUUAUAACAAAUGGGCAUUCACUGGGAUUGAAAGUUACCACAAACUUGUGUGAAUAUCAAAAUAUUAUAUUAAAACUUAGAAAAUUUAUAAAAAAGAAGAUUAGAUAAGCCGGGGAAGUAUAUUAAUAUAAUAUGUAAGUUAAUGAAAUCCUCAACAAAGGUCCAAUUUGGAAUAAAAAGACGCAGUUUUAUAAAAAGCUGUUGUUUUAUCGAGAUUUGUCUCAUUGAUAAGGGCACUUCAUUUUCAUUUAUGAUAAUCUAUUUUUCUUAUCUGACUAAAAGGGUUAAUUGCAAAACUCGCAAACAUCGCAUAAUUUCUGACGUUUUAAAUCUUAACUUUCUAUUAGUUUUUCACUUGUAUAACCUUUCUAUAUCUAUCUUCUUAAGGCAUCUAUACAUAUAAAAAUACUUGACUGACUGACUGACUGACUGACUGACUGACAAAUCUAUCCAUGCAUAAUCUAAACUGCUGGGGUUAGAAACUUGUGUUGACAGUAGGUUCCUUUUAUGAUAUUGGCACUUACUAAGAAAGGAUUUUUAAAUAGGGUAUGAAAGUUUUUCAAGCUAUACCCAUGAAAUUUGGUAUUCAGCUUACGUAAUAAUACGUCUUUUGCGAGACAAUUAGCUUUUCAGUCAACUAAGGAAAAUAGUAGGUACAUUCAUUUGGGGAAAAAGUUUCUUCCAUUAUGGUCUUUCAGAAUAAAAUCAUUCUUCCGUGAUCUCACACUCCAUUACAAACCUCAUUUUCUUUAGUGUCGCGUCCACUUGUAUGCAGCAUCGGAUUUAUGGUUUUUUGGCGACCCUUUUGCCACUUAGUAGAAUUGAAGUCAUGUUAUUUUGUACCUUUUUAUACAUUUUUCUAUAUUUUUUUUAAAAUCCAAAUGACUUAUAAUUUACAAUCGAAAUCAGUAUGGCAUCAUUUGAACUAUGAAAAAAAGUUGUACAUUGCAUGAUUUGUAUAUUUUUUGAUACUUCAUGAGAUUAUUAUUAACAAUUUUUCUUCUUAACAUUUCUACAAAAUGUAGGUAGUAUUUCUACAAAGAUAUAUUAAUUUGUACAUUCAUAUUAAAAAAAAAUGAAGACAAAUUCUAACGUUUGUGUUUCACACGCGUGCGCUUAGCGGCACAGCCUGGGAGAUACGCACCUUUGGAUAAAACGACAUCUACAAGCAUGGAUCAAAACAUGGCGACCUGCUAUCAGUCUGUUCCAUAUAAAUAUUCUGUGCCUUAAAGUAUACAAAUCGUGCAGUGGUAUAGCCAGAAGGGAAAUCAAAUCAAAUAUUACUUUUUGAUUAAAUCAUGUUUUAAGGUAUAAAGUUUGUUUUGUAAGGAAACUAACCUAGUUACUAUUGUACUUGAUAAUAUAGUGCUAGUAUUUUGGAAUCGUUUUAAAUGCUCGCUCCACGCUAGAUGGACGAGUUCUCAUCAGUAGUUUCUAGCAGUAUGAUACUUGUAGUCAUAGGUUUGUGAUCGCCAGAACUCUCAAGCUGAGAUCUAUGCUCAGACUUAAGACUGAGUUGAAACGAGACAGACUUAUGUCAACGACAUAAAUCCAUCUCUGUCUAACUCUAAGUAAAGUCAGAGUACCCUCUAUAGAUCUCAGCAUCAUUUCUUCAUCUUUUGUCUAUAGAGUUAAAUUAGUUGAAAAAAUUAGUAUGUCACAAGUUACUUAUUGCAGUUAUGAUAAUAUUAUAAUGUUGUUGUGCUAUGUAUAAUGUAAUAUAUAAUUUUUUUAUUUUACCUUUCAAACCGGUAUGAAUUACCAAAGGUGUUAGCUAUUUACAUAGUGAUUUAGAUAUUUUUACCGACAUAUUUUCUUAAAAGUUUUGUUCGACAGGGUUUUACUUUUCAUCUCUAUUAUUUCUAAUGAUGGCGAAAUUUGUAUUUUUUACCUUAAACACUAUAUUUUUUGUAUAGAUUUUUAAAAUAUUUUGAAAUUAACUCGUCUAAGAUCAUGUAGCUUUACAUUUAAUGGCAAUUAUACAUUAGAUCAAUGAAAUGAUUGACCAUUCGCGUUAAGCACGAGUUUUUUUGGCCGUGUACAGUUAUACCCAGGGAACAAAAGUUCAACAUUGGUUGACGUAAGUAGCACAUUUCUUCAAAGUAAAUUAAUGAAAAUUAGUGCAAAAUUUUGCUAAUGUAAUAUAUCAAUAAGUGAACUGCCAAGAAUCCGCGUUGUUAGCGUGAGGGAAGUAGGAAGGGUAUACCAUUCUAAAAACAGUGUUAUUAGUGAUGUCUUUUUCUUAUGAUAACUAAACCUUGUAACUGAAAACAAUUAGUGACACCAAUAGAUUACGAUUAGCUACAUAGUUGUAAAGAAAAACAAACCAUGUUUGAUGAUAGCAUUUUGUAUAUUUAGGGAUCAUUUUGUAAAAUUACUGACGAAAUAAAUAAUUGUAAUAAAAAACAGCGCUGAUCUGUCGAAUCUCUUACAGUUUGGUAGAUAUAUGAAAUUUUCUAUUUUAAUAUAAAAUAACGAUAAGUAAUAGAAGUGUCAUACAGUUAAUAUAACGUGUAUAUAAG